CUCAUUGGUCAGAUUGAGGGAGCAGCUAAAAAGACCUUUGAAAAUGCUGUGGAUGUUGUGUCUCCCAAGUGCAACCCUCUUCCUUCUGCUUCUCCCGUGUUUCCCUGCACAGGAUGGUGGAGGAAAUGAACAGUCAACAGACGUUAUCAGUGCUUGGGAAGGAGACUCCAUCAGCAUAACUUGCCCAAUGAAUGGUUCACAAAAUCAAGUGGGGAUGACCUUGAGAGCUAUCAGACAGCAUCUCAAUGUGAUAUAUUUUUCCAAGGAGAAAUCUCGAAAAAGUCGUUGUGACUUCAAUAAUCGCGCCACGUGUUCAAAGGAAGGGGAGACUGUCAGGAUAACCCUGCACAGGUUACAGCAGUCUGAUUCUGAAAUCUACCUAUGCUCUGAGAUUGUUCAAAUCAAUGACUAUCACAAAGAACUAUAUGGGAAGACAACCAUAGUACUGGUCAAAGCUAAUUCCAGCAGGGCUCUGGAGCAGUCACCACUCUCUGCCAACCCUGAGCGAGGCCAGUCUGUCAGCAUCACCUGUGUGUUGGGCAGCUCAGGUGGAACUGAGCACUUCCACCUGCUCAGGGCUCACGUGCAGCCUGGCAAAGUUCUGUCUGUGUCAAAUCUGAACGUGUCAUGGGUUUCUCCUGCCUUUGGGAAUCGCUUGGAGUAUUCAGGAGAAGGGAAUAGAGCUGUGAUAGCUCUACACAACCUGCAGGAAGAGGACAGUGAUAACUACAUCUGUGCUGAGGAGGUGAAGGGUUCCUCUCUGCUCUCAGCACGUGGCACCAUGGUGCUGGUGAAAGGAGGGGAGCAGGUGUGUGAGAAGAUCUCCUGGGCUCUGUAUGCCCUGCUUGGGGUGGUGGCUCUGCUGUUCUGUGCCCUGCUGUGCUGCACCUUGCACCGUGUGGAUGUGAUGAAAUAUUUCCAGAAGAAAAAGCCCAAUGUGGUGUAUGAAGACAUGUCCUACAGCUCCAGACGGAGCACGCUGGUCAGAAACAACAACAACUAUUCCCGAGAGGAAUAAACUCCUGCCAGCUGGGGCUGUGUGUGCAUGGGCCAUUCCCUUCCAGGCAGCUCUCAGAGCUGCUUUAACCACCUGAACUGA